AUGUACUGCCUUCAGUGGUUGCUGCCUGUCCUGCUCAUACCCAAGCCCCUCAACCCAGCGCUGUGGUUCAGUCACUCGAUGUUCAUGGGCUUCUAUCUGCUCAGUUUCCUCCUGGAACGGAAACCUUGCACGAUUUGUGCCUUGGUCUUCCUGGCAGCUCUGUUCCUCAUCUGCUACAGCUGCUGGGGGAACUGCUUCUUGUAUCACUGCACAGGAUCCCAGUUGCCGGAAUCAGCUCAUGAUCCCAGCAUCGUGGGCACCUAGAGAACGAUAAUCUGCCAGUCUGCUGACAGCUCUGGUUUUGCUUUUUUUUUAAAAAAAAAAAAAGGGGGGGGGGACUAGGGAGGAGGGGAGGGGGUGUUAGGCAUGUGACUGGAGUAAGAACAGCCUGUUUCCUGUAAUGUGUGUGGACUAGAGUGGUAAAUUCCUGACCAGCCCUCCCACUCUGCCUGUGAAAUUUGACUUGUUUACUGUGUGAACUCUGGCAGCACCACCUGCUUUUUUAGAAGCAGAAAUCUUUUUCUCUUUUUCCCCUUCCCAUAUCACUGGGAACGGACACCAGCCCUCCUAACUGAGAACUGGUGGAGGAAAGAGCUGUUGGCUUCUGUCCAGCUGUUGCAUGGUGGUGGAGCUGCGUGGUACUCAUCUGCAUUAGGCCACGGUGGUCUAACUCGGGGCUCCCGGCCCUCUGACUCUGCUCAAGUAGCUACAGGACCCUCUCCAGCUUUCUGUUUGUGGGGAGCCAGCCUUCCCGCCUUGCUGAUCAAGGGAAAGCUCGACAGCUCGCAGAUGCACUUGGCCAAAAGCUGCUGGAGCCAGAGGCAGUUGAGUCAUCUCCUCCCGCUCAGCCUGCCAAAGAGAUGCGCGCACUGCCCAAGUGCUUUCUGAACUACUUACGCUCCGAGAUCAUAGCCUGAAAGCCUCAGUUGUGCUGCUGCUUUUAUAAAGCCUCACAGGCAGCGGAGGCUGCCUCUUCCCCUGCUAGAUUUCCAGGGUUUACUGAGGUAUUGACUGUUGGGGUAAGAAACUGCUAUGCUGCAAGACGUGGGGUUUUCAUAGGCGCCACGAGCCUCACCCCACAAAGCUCGCCGCUAGCCCAGAAGGCUGGGUGUGGGCAGGGCAGGAGAGGGUCCUGCGGUGGAGGCGUAGCUUGGAGCAGUGGCUGCUUCGGCUGCUUUUGGUGACAGUGUUCUCAGGCCAGGGGUGACAGAGGGUGCUGGUGCUAUGCAGUGGGGAAGGAGAGGCCAGAGGGGCGCCCGGUGCCUCCAUCUCCCCUGGCAGAAGGAUGUCAGGGCUGGGUGGUAGCGGGUUGCUCUUACACGGCCGCUGCUGAGAGCUCUGCACUCAUUGCUGCCUGCAGCAGCGGCUCUCGGGGGAGCCUUCCCUGGGGCAAGGGUUUGCUUGUGAGCAACCGUAGGGGUUAACACAAAGUACUGUCUCCGCACUGUCAAAGGGUUCCCUCUCGUUCGCCAUCUGUUCGUCCUUACUUCAGUCUACGAGUCCCGUAGGGGAGAGCAGCACAAGUGGCUGCUGCUGUCCCGAGGAAGUUCGAGCUAUGAGGUUGUGAAACUUCCCGAGUAUUGUUUGUUCAUUGCACAGCUGUUCAAAAUGUUUAAUAAAGCUUUAUAAACUUUG